ACAAACGAGAGAGCAGCAUCGAUAGCUGGACGGUGCAAGUGUCAUUCGCCUCGACGUUGACGACUUCAAACUUGUUUUUCCUGCUCGGAUUUUGCAGUUUAAAACUAUUGUUUUAUAGAUUCUAGUGCUUAUAAACGUAAAACGGUGCCCCUUUCCCUCGUUCUAAGUCCGUUUCCGGCGGAACACGGUGCCCUGGGCAGUGUGGUUUUGAAAAAAAGUACGAUGGAUAGCAAAAUCAAUAGUAACAAGUGAAAAGAGCAACAUUGAAGAAAAAAUACACACGCAAGCCAUAGAAAGGACUAGUGAAUGAAGCUUGAGUGAUAUAGUUUUUUUACCGCUUUAAACUUCUCGUCAGAGUCCAAGUAAGAGAACUGCGUAUAUGUGUAUGUGUGACUAACACCGCUAUCAGUAGUGUGCGAUCGCAAGCAAAUUAACAACUGCCCCUCUCUCCUGAUCAUCCUGACCAAAGCAUGAUGGCUGAUACUAACGGCAGCGGUGCCACCUCUGGAGCCAGUAUACCGGAGGUCAUUCCACAGUGGAAAAAGGAACUAAUCCAGCGCCGGAAGAAUCUGGCCAAAACGAUUGGUGCCGCCGCCACGCAAGUGCAUGACAGUGCUUCUACGGUAGCCGCCGCUCUUACUACGCCGACAACACCGAGGGCUGGUCCCUGUAUGCCCUUCGGUAGUGGUCUCAAAGAUCCAUCGGUAGAGGCACCGUCAGUUGCAGAAUGUACAACACCACCGGGUUCAGCAGUGGGCUCUUCCGUUAGCCCCGUUCCUUCUUCCCUAGAGCUCAGUAGUAAUAAUAGUGAUUCACCUGCUUCACCUACAGCCGCCUCCGUUUCAUCCCCGUCUUCGCUGUUCGGUGCUCCGGUAUUCGUAGGUCAUUCGCAUUCGUCACCACCGCAAGUGAAUGAACAGCAACAGCAGCAAGUGUUGGUGAAGUCAUUCGGUGGUCCCACCAACACCAGCACCACCAGUGCCACUCGAGGAACAACCGAAGUGCUGCUUGUUGUCGGCGGAACGUCAGCAGAGAAACAACCGUUGCACACUCAGUCACAUUCCAAUGACGGUACGGAGAGCACCAGCAGCAAUACUAGUGGCCACAGUAGUCGAUCGAACCCGAAUCUUCCCAGCAGUGCGUUGAGUGGUACACCAAAAGGUGGUGGUGGCGGUGCUCCAGCAAACAGCAGUGGUCCAGUGGGAAAGUAUGCCGCGGUCGGAGGUGUUGUUGGUGGUAUUAGUGCUAGUAGCGUUGAUUGUGAGCAGCUAACCAACAGUUAUAGCAAUAGUGAGAUCGCGUGGAAAUUAAAGAAAAACACUUCAAGUGCUUCUUCUUUGGUUAGCCCCAACAACAGUAGCAGUAGUGGCACCAAAAUGGUUGCAGCUAGUGCUGAAGAGAUAAUUUAUGAGAAGAGUAGAUUCGUGGGGGAAGGACUUGAUGCGGGAACGGGUACCACUGUAGACGUGGACACUUCAGAAGAAUUAAAGUAUGGACCAGGAAUUGUGUCGAAACUUCGCUGUCGAUAUUUGAGUCUAGCGCUGAGGCAAUCUGCGAACAAGCAGAGGCCAUCGCUUAACAGCAUGCGUCGAGCGACCAGUUUGAAUAAUUUGCUCGACGAGGAAAGUGAGGACUUGAUUGAUGAGAAGGAACAAUCGCAGGAUAAAUCUUACCAGCAGGGAAAAACUGGUCGUGAGCUACAACAUAAACAAAUGAACUUACAGCCGAAAGCUAAUACCCCGGAUGAAUAUAUUUCGACGUUCCAGAAAAGCGUGCAGAACAGUUAUACGCGGAGUGGCCGGCAAACGGAGAAGAAGAACGAGUAUAAUCGUUACAACAAACAGCGUGGUGCGGACUCGCUGAAACGGGCCCGAUCAGUUGAAGCGCUGGUGCGGUACGAUCACAAGGCCUGGGAGCGCGAUAGCCAAAAGGAAAACCUAUACAGCAGCAACGAUAGCAAUGUGAUCAUACUGGAUGAUAUUGGCAGCAACGGGAUCGCGACCGCCAACGGCAACGCCAUCAACAACUGUCAAACGGCGGCGAUGAACAAGGCCGACCUAAUAGUGGACUGUGUCACGAUCGAGGAAAAGAUCAUUAACGGACGGGAGAAAGGUGACCCAAAACCGAAACGGCUGACCUCGUUUAUCGAUGCGGACGAACGUCCCCCGCCAGAUGUGGUCCGGCAAACGAUGAAAAUUUUCGAGGCGAAUGCCAAUCGCAGAGGUCGACCCAUUGCUAGAACUAACGGAGCUGCCGGCGAAGUCGCUGCCAAGGUUGCCAGCUACAAGUCGAUUAUCUCACUGGAAAAACCUCCGAUCACGCAUCCAAAACCACCUCUAAGCCCGAAGAAGCCAAAUAUUAUACCACGAAACACUAGUCCCAAGUCGAACGGCAAUACCAACAACAAUAACAGCAACAACACUGCCAACGGUCUCAAAGAGAAACCGAUUCUGCCCAAAUUGGACAUAAACGCUAUUCGUUACAAUUUAGAAACAACAAACAAUCUAAAGAACUCCUCUGCCUCCUCGACGCCAGUGCAGACGCCUCCGUCGGCGGGUUCUAAUUCAAACAACAAUACAUCCACGCCGUUAUCAGUGCGAGUAGAACCAGCUUACCGUCUCAAGUAUGAAUCACCCGCCUUAUCGCCGAAUACAACCCAACACAAUAACAGCAAAGUCACGACAAAUACGACCAACCGACCGGAGAGUCCUCGCGUCUCAACCGCAACAACGGCUGUCUCAGCUAAUAUGCAAAAUAACACAAACAGUACUGCUCACACAUUCGUCGACUCACCAUCGAUGCAAGCACUUACGAGCAAACUGAACCAGCUGAAUAUCGCGACCUCAACCCCGACCAGUACCCGCUCGCCAACGCCGUCUGACCCAGCAAUUACAACGGCAACCGCAACGGCUGCAGCAGCAGCAGCAACAGCACCACCGCAAGUGCCGCCCCGCAAUAUUCUCCAGUACGCUACAAGCGAUGAGGAGGAUCCGGACGAUCCGGAGGACCAACAGCGUGAGUAUUCUAUAAACAGCGAUCACGGCAGUGACAGUCAUUCGGAUGACCUUGAGCUGGACGACGAACCGAUCGCGGACCAAAUAAAGAAGGUUUCCCGCUCAGCGAUGGAGAAUAUUUCCAAAGCCGGCAUUACGACGCAAUUCCGAUUCAACGGACAGUCACAGAACAAAUCGCAUCUCCCCUCACUGGCAGUCAGCAGUGGAAAUUCAACAACUGCAGUCGGUGCUGGUGCGAAACUGAUUGCCAGCAAGAAGCUGAAUGUAGAUGAUCAUCUAUCGUCGAAUUCUUCAUCGACGUCGUCAUCGCCGAUCACAGUGCCAGCAGCAGCAGCAGUAGGAGUGGCGGCAACAGUGCCGUCAGCCGUCAUCACCCAGAAGCCGCCCGUGCCACUGUCUCGGGAAAGUCUGGUGGCUAACGGGCUGAAGCCGCCGCCGCCGCCGCUGGCGGCUGCUAGUUUAACAAACAACAACCUCGGUAGUGUCAGCGCCAAUCAUAAUCUUAAUAAUCUAAAUAGUAGCAAUGCCAAUACUAGUGUUAAUAGCAACGGAAGCAAAAUAGUGAUAAAUGCCAACGUCGGCGGCAGCAACGGUAACACGAGUGGCAACGCGGAUGCCGCCUCCUCAGCCGCCGCCGUCGCAAGUGCUUAUAGCAGUGUAUCAUCAAGUGACGUGUCAAAAACUGUGAAUUUAACCGCUCGCGAGAUCGAAAAGAAUCAAAUCAAUCUGGAGAAAUCGUGUGAAGAAUCGGUGCUGAGUAGUGCUGCUACCGGUGUGUCGAAAGCGAACAACAAUAAUAACAGCAGCAGUAGCAACAGUAGUGCUAGUGGCGGUGGCGACGUCGGCGCAGGCGUCGGCUCGACGAUGGCAGCUGGCGGCACCAGUGGCGGAGACUUCUUCAUGGCCAAAUGGGGCUCUCCGGUGGUAACCCCGGCAGCCACUAGCAGCAGCAACAACAACAGCAAUAGCACCAGCAGUGGUACCGUUGCUCCACUGGCCCCGCUCAAGAAGAAGAUUAAGGCACCGCCGCCGCCCAUCGAGGCCAACACGAUGGUGUUCAAUUUUAGCGACCGAAAGGAUGUGCCGGAUUACAUCGAAAACGAUGGGAUUAUCCUGCGACCGAGGCCACGGGAAUUACCUAAGCCCGGCGAAUCCGGAUUCGUGGUACUGGGUGAUCUGACCCUCGAAACGUCCACCGAUCCGGACGAUUCAUGGGCCAUGGGUCCCCCGUCGCCGUGCGACGUAGAGUUCGAGAAUGCCAACAUUGUGAUCAACGGUAAAUCCAGUAUGAGAAACAAGACUAGUAGAGAUAACAAGUUUAAAAUUCAAUUUGACGACUCGCUAACCUCGACCUUUGAGUAUCCAUCGGAAACGUCGCUGCUGGAGGCGAACGGUUUCGGGGACGAUUCGACCAUCGGUGCCAACGGGCUGGGGCUGACGGAUGCGGGCAGCGGUCAGCCUGCCAGCGGUGGUGCAGAAGGCGCCGGAGAAGGAGGGGCUGGAGAUGGUGGUGGCGGUGGCGGUAUUUCCUUCGGGGAUAAUGGCUUACUAUCGCACAAGAACAACCUGCUUUCGUCGAUGCCACUGGAUUGCGACCUGCUACUUGGUUUAAUCGAGCCUGAUGCAGUUGGUCCAUUCAUCAGAUUCAGCGCCGAAACAAAUGCGGUGUACACUGCCGGUGUACGCCCAGGCCGCAUUCACAACUCGAUCACGUCACAGUAUAAUCUUACAAACCGUCAGCACCGCUGCGUCGCAAAGCGGUCAGGUUCAGCAGCAGUAUCAGCGGCCCCAUCGGUUUGCUUGAUAGUGGGAUUGCUGCUAGCAGAGAAGGAGGAGGAGGAGGAGGUGCUAAUGAACAAAGGCGGCAACGGCGGCGUCGAAGGCCUCCGGCAGGUUCAGCAGAUCGACCACGCCACUUGGCGAGAUCACCGGUGGUGGUUAUUAACACUGUAUCCAGCCAGCAACAGCAACGCCACAGCAAGGGCAGUGUUUCCACCGGGGAGAAAGUACACGAGAUUACGCGCAGCUUUCUGGCCCUGCACGGUGGCUGCGCUGGAAGCGAGUCAAUCGUGUGAUUCGACCUAAAUGGUUACUUGUCUCAUUGCGCAUUUUAAUUUAUCCGCCGCCAUUCAAUUCGUUUGACAGUACGCUUUUCAAUACUUUUACCGCGCGUAGAAAUGCAACCGCGCAGCUUAACUGUGCUUCUAGUGCUAAAAUUAUUGUCGAUGUAUACUGCAAUUUAUGAAUCAAAAUCAAAGUAACCACUUUUUCGUUUAUUUUGUAUUCACCUGAAAGUUCUCUUUCCGUCCAUCAUUCAAGCUUUCGAUCGUUCGAUUUCUCGAACUGUCAAAAGCUUUGCGAAAAUCAAACUUGUAGCUUUCUUGGGUUUCGUUUGCCAGCCUCAAAAACGUCAAGAAAGUCUCGAAAAAGCAUUUCUGAUCAAAACUGUUCGAUUCAGAACAGUUAUUCUCGGAUCGGAUUACUCUUCCCCCCUUCCUAAAUUAUUCCAAGGGGUUAAGAAUUUGUUACGUCUGUGACAUUUAAUAAUAACAAUAUUGUUACCCAAUAAAACAGGAUUUUAAUGCUUUCCCAUAUGAUAAUUUUAGCUGACAACGAUCGAUUGAUUCUUCCUAUCCAAAUUUUCUAUUAGUUAUUAUUAUCGUAAAACAAUGAUUUGCGUAUAUUCCCCCCUCUUGUCGCUUUUUUAUCUUAAUUUCCUUCUGUUCGUAUUACCCCGAGUAAAGUUCUGAGUUCUAUACCUCGAUUAAUUCUAGGCUCCGCUCCUUUUGCUAGUUAUACCCCAGUAAAGGCCGCCAUAGAUACAAACUUCGAGCUGGGCGUGACCCGGACCCCGUCGCCGUCAAGCACCGCCAGUAGUAGCACUGCCAGCAGCAACAGCAGCAGCAGCAGUAGUGUAGCA